GGCAGAGGAAGGCUCCCUGAAGAGUGAAAAUGAAUAUAAGAAAGCAGAGCCGUCUUCAAGGUCUUUGCCUGUACUUUGGAAGCAUGACCUGGGCUUGGAGGAAGAUGGAGAAUCCUCCUCCUCAGCAACCAUCAUUCCGGGUCCCACUUCUCCUAUCAAGGCUGCAGCUCUGGACUUUUCUGAUAAGCCAGGAGAUUUUGAGACCUCAGUGAAGAGAACUAGGGCCCGGCCUGUAGAAGUCCUCCAUGUCUGCAAGACCCAGGUGGCCGAGCUGGAGCUGUGGCUGCAACAAGCCAGCGUGGCAUUUGAGCCGGAAACAUUAAACGCAGACAUGCAGCAGGUGGUGGAACAGGAACUGGUCGGGUGCCAGGCUAUGCUGACCGAGAUUGAGCACAAGGUUGCCUCUCUCUUGGACACUUGCAAAGAUCAGGGCCUGGGAGAUAGUGGAGCCACUCAACAGGAGGCCGAAGCACUCUCCCUGAAACUCAAAACUGUGAAGUGCAAUUUGGAAAAAGUCCAGAUGAUGCUGCAGGAGAAAUACAGCGAGGAUCAGUACCCUACCAUUCUAAGGAAACCUUCAGAACUCCAACAAGUCCUCCAGCCUGUUAACCUUCCUGAAUUGGUACCUAUUGUAACUGAAAGGCCACAAUUUAGCAGACAAAGAGAUGUCCCCCUGCAACAGGUUCUGGAGUUAAAACCAAUGGAACAGAAAGAUUUACUCAAGUUUAUAGAAUUUAAUGCUAAGAAAACAUGGCCGCAGUAUUGCCAACAGGAUAAAGAUACUACUCAGGGAUCAUCUGUGAGCAACAAGGCAUCUGGCCCUGAAAAUGAAGCUCCAGACUUGAUCUCUUCACCUCAGGGUCAAAAUGGUGAUAAAUGGCAAUAUCUUCAUCAUGAACUGUCCUCAAAAAUAAAGCUACCUCCUCCUCAGCUCGUGGAGCCUCAGGUUACCACCAAUAUGAGUAUUCUACCCAGUGUGAGUGUGUAUAACUUUAGAUACCCUACAACGGAAGAGCUGAAAAUGUACACCACCCAACUCGAAGACCUGCGUCAAGAAGCAAAUAAUCUUCAGACACAGGAAAACAUGACAGAAGAAACAUAUAACGAUUUGGAUAAAAAAUUAUUUGACCUCUUCCUGAGCCUCAAUCGGUGCCUUGGCAGUGUGGAGGAGAUGCUCCAGACACCGGGGCUCUUCAGGGAGGAUGUCUCUGCCCAGCAGGAGCACUACGAGAAACUGGCUCUCGAGUUGAAGAAACUUUAUUUAGCUCUGUGUGACAAGAAGAAUGAUCUUUUGAAAGCCAUGGCUUGGCCUGGCAGGAACAGCACUCUGCUCCCUGAAUGUUUCGGUAGCCUCCAGGUCUGCCUGGAGCACACUCAGGCCAGCGCUGCCUCUAGAAGCAAGUCCCUGAAAGCUGGCCUGGACUACAAGCACAGUUACCAGAAUGAAAUAAAGCGACUGUAUGAUCAACUCAUUAAGAAUAAGACAGCUUUACAACAGUCCUUGAAUGAAAUGCGUGGCCAGAGUAUUGGUGAACAGCUUCAGAAAGCAGAUUUAUAUACAGCAGAGCUGCAGAAUUCUGAGAGCCGAGUGGCCAAACUAAGAGACGAAGGGGAGAGGCUUCGCUUACCCUGUGUUUUACUCCAGGAGGUUUACAAGUUAGAGGAUGUACUUGACAGUAUGUGGGGGAUCCUGAGAGCGAGGUACGCUGGGUUCAGUAGCCCGUUCAUCACUGAGAGCCAGCAACAUGCCCUUCUACAAGGCACAGUGGAACUAGUAAAUAUUGGAAAGGAAAUGCUUGCUCAUGGCCACUUAAAACAAGCCAAAAGUAAAGUUGCCUUACAGACUCAAAUACAAAAUCACAAGGUAUUUUUCAAGAAGCUUGUUGCCAACAUGUUGUUGAUCCAAACAUACUAUGACAAAAUGUUUCCUUCCGUGUUACCAAAGAGAGAGAGAUUUUGGGCAGAACAAGUAACCGAAGUUAAAUCCCUGGAAGGAAAGGCACAGCAGUUUGGCAUGAAGCUGCAGAGUUUGUUGCAGAAAUGGGAAGAAUUCGAUGAAAAYUAUGGAUCUCUGGAAAAGGAUCUGGAAAUUMUUGUCUCUACGUUGCCUUCUGUGAGUUUGGUGGAAGAAACAGAGGAGAGAUUAGUGGAAAGGAUAUCAUUUUAUCAGCAAAUAAAAAGAAACAUUGAUGGAAAGCAUGCCCGGCUCUACCAAACUCUAAAUGAAGGCAAACAGCUGGUGGCAUCUGUGAGCUGUCCUGAACUGGAGGGACAGAUUGCCAAACUGGAAGAGCAGUGGUUGUCCCUGAACAAGAAGAUUGACCUUGAACUGCACAGACUGCAAACACUUCUCAAGCAUCUACUCAGUUACAACAGAGAUUCAGAUGAGUUAACCAAGUGGUUGGAAUCUUCUCAGCAAACUUUGAAUCACUGGAAAGAACAGUCCCUCAAUGCAUCUCAGGACUUGGAUACAAUCAGAAACAACAUAAAUAAUUUUUUUGAAUUUUCCAAGGAAGUGGAUGGAAAGUCCUCCCUGAAGACUGCAGUUUUAAGCACUGGGAACCAGCUUCUGCACCUGAAGGAAACCGACACUGCCACGCUGAGAGCCUCCUUAGCCCAGUUUGAACAAAAGUGGACCAUGCUCAUAACUCAGCUUCCAGAUAUUCAAGAAAAGCUUCACCAGCUUCAGAUGGAGAAAUUGCCAUCUCGUAAAGCCAUCACAGAAAUGAUUAGCUGGAUGAACAGCGUGGAGUAUCAGGCUGCAGGUGAAGACUCUGCGCACUUCCCUAGUUCUGAGUCUCAAGUAAAGAAUCUUCUUCAGAAGCUCAAGGAGUUCAGAAUGGAAAUGGACUAUAAACAGUGGAUCGUUGACUUUGUUAACCAGUCAUUGCUUCAGUUAAGCACCUGUGAUGUAGAAAGCAAGCGCUAUGAAAGGACAGAGUUUGCAGAGCACCUGGGGGAGAUGAACCGCCAAUGGCACCGAGUGCAUGGAACCCUGAAUAAAAAGAUACAACAUUUAGAACAAUUUUUGGAAAGCAUCACUGAGAAUGAAAACAAAAUGCAGAUUUUGAAAAACUGGUUGGAAGCACAAGAAGAGAAGCUGAAAACUUUACAAAAACCGGAAAGUGUGAUCUCCAUCGAGAAGGUGCUCCUGGACUGUCAGGAUAUAGAAAAUCAACUUGCAAUUAAAUCCAAAGUACUGAAUGAGCUGAGGCAAAGCUACCUGACUCUGGAAAGUGGGGCAGUUCCACUGUUAGAAGAUGCAGCAUCUGGAAUCAACAAGUUGCUUCAAAAGCGGGACAAUGUGACUCGUCAGGUCAGUGAGCUCAAAAGCUUCAUGCAGUCGGUGCUACAGGAGUGGAAGUUGUAUGAUAAACUCUAUGAUGAAGUGAACAUGCUGGCGAUCCAAUYUGGGUACUGCAUGGAACACAGCAAGCCUGUGGUGUUGUCACUGGAGGCCUUGAGGUGCCAGGUGCAGAACCUUCAGUCUCUUCAAGAUGAAGCUGAGAUCAGCGAAGGGAGUUGGGAGAAACUCCGGGAGGUUAUUCAUAGACUCAAAGAUUCCUGCCCCUCAGUUGCUGAAAUAAUUGAAGAGAAAUGCCAAGACACUCAUGCAAGGUGGACCCAGGUAAACCAAGAUCUUGCAGACCAGUUGCAGGAGGCCCAGACUCUGCUCCAGCUCUGGAAAGUUUAUCGAAGUGCUCAUGUGGAAGCCACAGCAAGGCUGGAGCAGCAGGAAGCCAAAUUUCAACAGCUUGCAAACAUCAACAUGUCUGGAAACAACCUGGCAGAGAUCCUGCCAGUGGCCCUGCAGGACAUAAAGGAGCUGAAGCAGGAAGUGCAGAAGACAAAAGAAGUCUUUCUCCAAAAUUCCAUCCUCCUGGACCGAUUCCCACAACCUGCGGAGUCCAACGCCUCGGGGCUCUUUUCUGGUCAACUGUAUUCCCUCCGGAGAGCUAUUUAUUUGGAAAAGAUGCUGCUUGUGAAAGCAAAUGAAUUUGAGUUUGUUCUCUCACAGUUUAAGGAUUUUGAGAACCGGCUGGAAUCUUUAAAAGGCCUCAUUAUACACGAGGAAGAGAAUUUGGAUAAACUUUACCAACGAGACAAAGAAGAAAAUCCUGGCUCGUUCCUGAAUCAUGUGCUAGCAUUGAUAGCCCAGUCUCCUGACAUUGAACGUCUGAAUGAAGACAGCCUCAUGCUCCCACUCAGUGACAUGCCCCUGAAGACGUUACAGAAUAUGAACCGGCAAUGGAUUCGCGCCACUGCCACAGCGCUGGACCGCUGCAGCGAGCUGCAGGAAAGUGGGUUAAAUGAAAAUUUUCUUCAUUGUUGUGAAAAAUGGGUCCAACUUUUGGAAAAGAUAGAAGAGAUGCUCAAAGUGAAUAUUGCCAACAGCCUCCCUGCUCUCCUGGAACAGCAGAAAGCUUAUGAGAUGUUAGAAGCUGAAGUUUCUAUAAACCAGACAAUUGCUGAUUCUUAUGUCACCCAGUCCCUACAACUCCUGGACACAACAGAAAUAGAGAAGAGACCAGAAUUUGUUUUGGAAUUCUCAAAUCUGACGGACCACUGGCARAGUGCUGCCCAAGGCGUUCGGCAGAGGAAGAGUGACAUUGACCAGCUGGUGAGGCAGUGGCUAUACUUCACCUCCUCCAUGGAGGACUUGUUCCGCUUCCUCACCAACACUAGCCACAUGCUGUCUGCAGUAAAGGAUCAGGAUUGCUACAGCCUCUACCAAAUCAGAAGUCUAAUCCAUGAGCUAAAGAAUAAGGAAAUCCAUUUUCAGAGAUGGCAAACCACCUAUGCACUAACCUUGGAAGCUGGGGAGAAAUUACUGAACACACCUAACCUGGAAGCAAAAGAGUCCAUGAACAAGAGAAUCAGAGAGCUGCAGAACAACUGGAAGGACACGGAGCUCCAUCUAGCACAGAUGAUUAAGCAUCUCCAAAGCAUCAUAGAGACCUGGGACCAGUGUGAAAAGAAAAUCAAGGAGCURAAAAGCAGGCURCAAGUUUUAAAAGCACAAAGUAAAGAUCCUCUUCCAGAACUUCAUGAGGACCUCCACAGAGAAAGAGAGCUGACUAAGGAACUAGAGAAGUCUCUGACUAACUGGACUCAGAACUUGCAAGAACUUCACACCAUGAAGGGCGACUUAACCCGGCACAUUCUCUCGGAGGACGUGAUGGUUUUGAAGGAGCAGAUAGAGCAUUUGCACAGACAAUGGGAGGACCUCUGCCUCAGAGUGGCUACACGCAAACAGGAGAUUGAAGACAGACUCAAUUCAUGGAUCGUGUUCAAUGAAAAAAAUAAAGAGUUGUGUGCGUGGCUGGUCCAGAUGGAAAACAAGGUUCUACAGACAGCAGAUAUUAGCAUUGAAGAAAUGAUUGAAAAGUUGCAGAAGGAUUGCAUGGAAGAAAUAAACUUGUUCAGUGAAAACAAGUUACAGCUAAAGCAGAUGGGCGACCAGUUGAUCAAGGCCAGCAGCAAGACAAGAGCAGCUGAGAUCGAUGACAAGCUCAACAAAAUCAACGAUCGAUGGCAACAUCUUUUUGAUGUUAUUGGAUCAAGGGUGAAGAAGCUGAAGGAGACAUUUGCUUUUAUUCAGCAGUUAGACAAAAACAUGAGCAACCUUCGCACCUGGUUGGCUCGCAUCGAGUCUGAGCUUUCGAAGCCGGUUGUUUACGACGUCUGUGACGAUCAGGAAAUCCAGAAGAGGCUCGCUGAGCAGCAGGAUCUGCAGCGAGAUAUCGAACAGCACAGCGCAGGGGUGGAGUCCGUGUUCAACAUUUGUGAUGUCCUUUUGCAUGACUCUGACGCCUGUGCCAACGAGACCGAGUGCGACUCCAUCCAGCAGACCACCAGAAGCCUGGACAGGCGCUGGAGGAACAUUUGUGCCAUGUCAAUGGAGCGGCGCAUGAAAAUUGAAGAGACAUGGCGCCUGUGGCAGAAGUUUUUAGAUGAUUAUUCCCGCUUCGAGGACUGGCUCAAGUCUGCCGAGAGGACAGCAGCCUGCCCCAAUUCCUCUGAGGUGUUGUACACAAAUGCCAAAGAAGAGCUGAAGAGGUUUGAGGCCUUCCAGCGGCAGAUCCACGAGCGGCUCACUCAGCUGGAGCUCAUCAACAAGCAGUACCGGCGGCUGGCGCGGGAGAACCGCACCGACACGGCCAGCAAACUGAAGCAGAUGGUCCACGAGGGCAACCAGCGCUGGGACAACCUCCAGAAGCGGGUGACAGCCAUCCUGCGGAGACUCAGGCAUUUYACCAACCAGAGGGAGGACUUCGAGGGCACCAGGGAGAGCAUUCUGGUGUGGCUCACAGAGAUGGACCUGCAGCUAACCAAUGUGGAGCACUUCUCCGAGAGCGAUGCUGAUGACAAAAUGCGCCAGCUGAAUGGCUUCCAACAGGAAAUUACGUUAAAUACCAACAAGAUCGACCAGCUCAUCGUGUUUGGGGAGCAGCUGAUUCAGAAGAGCGAGCCCCUAGAUGCYGUGCUGAUUGAGGACGAGCUGGAGGAGCUGCACCGGUACUGCCAGGAGGUGUUCGGCAGGGUCUCUCGCUUCCACCGGCGCCUGACCUCCCACGCUCCGGGUUUGGAAGAUGAAAAGGAAGCUUCUGAGACCGAAACAGACAUKGAAGACCCCAGAGAAAUCCAGACCGACUCUUGGCAUAAAAGGGGAGAGAGUGAGGAACCCUCGUCUCCCCAGUCCCUGUGCCAUCUUGUGCCCCCUGCUCUGAGCCACGAGCGGUCUGGCUGUGAGACCCCUGUCAGUGUGGACUCCAUCCCUCUGGAGUGGGAUCACACAGGUGACGUGGGGGGCUCCUCCUCUCACGAAGAAGAUGAGGAAGGUCCAUACUACAGUGCACUCUCAGAUGUAGAAAUCCCUGAAAAUCCUGAGGCCUAUCUUAAAAUGACCACAAAAACUUUGAAAGCAUCUUCUGGUAAAUCCAUUUCUGAUGGCCACUCGUGGCAUGUUCCUGACAGCCCUUCCUGUCCCAAGCAUCACUACAAACAAAUGGAAGGUGACAGGAAUGUACCACCCAUCCCCUCGGGUUCCAGCACCCCUUACAAAUCAGCCUAUGGAAAGCUGCUAUUACAUCCAGGCACUGAUGGUGGCAAAGAAAGUCCAAGAGUCCUGAAUGGCAGCCCUCAGCAGGAAGACGAGCAUCUGGCCACCCUAACAGGACAGCCAUCAGGUGCCUUUGACAGGUGGGAACUGAUUCAAGCACAAGAGCUUCACAGUAAACUCAGAAUGAAACAAAACAUGCAGCAGCUGAACUCUAAUAUCAGCGCCAUCACUGCUUGGCUGGGAAAAACUGAAGCAGAGCUUGAAACUUUAAAGAUGGCAAAGCCUCCCUCCAACAUCCAGGAAAUGGAACCCAGAGUGAAGAGAUUGCAGGAGAUAUUAAAAGCUUUUGAGAACUACAAGGCAUUAAUGGUCUCUGUCAAUGUGAGCGGCAAGGAAUCUCUGCCAACUGAGAGCACCGAAGCCACAGAGCUCCAGAGUAGACUCCGCCAGCUGGGCCUGCGCUGGGAAGCGGUCCAGGGCGCAGUGGACAGCUGGAGAGGGGACCUGCGGCAGUCGCUCAUGCAGUGCCAGGAUUUCCACGAAUUAAGUCAAAACCUGCUCCUGUGGCUGGCAAGUGCUGAGAACCGGAGGCAGAAGGCUCAUGUCACCACUCCAAAGGCAAACCGCCAGGUCCUCCAGGAGUGCCAGAAAGAACUAAUGCAACUGAAAAAGGAACUAGUGGAACGUCAGCCUCAAGUCAACUCCCUACAGGAGCUCUCCACCAGCCUUCUCGUUAAGGGGCAUGGAGAAGACUACAUUGAAGCUGAAGAGAAGGUCCAUGUCAUCCAGAAAAAACUCAAACAGUUACAAGAACAAGUAUCCCAAGAUUUGAUGUCCUUACGGGGAAGCCAGAACUCAGACCCAUCUCUGCUCAACUUUGAUGAGGUAGACUCCGGGGACCAGCCUUCUGCAGCAGCCAUGGGAGCUCCCCAAGCGAAGCAGGUCAGAGCAGAGAGAACUACAGAAGAUGAGAAUGAGACAGACAGCAGGAUGUCUGGCCCCGGCAGCUCACAGCCACGGCGCUCCUUCCUCUCCAGGGUGAUCAGGGCAGCACUGCCCCUGCAGCUGCUYCUGCUGCUGCUGCUGCUCCUGGCCUGUCUGCUGCCCUCCUCYGAAGAGGACUACAGCUGCACCCAGGCCAACAACUUCGCCCGCUCUUUCUACCCCAUGCUGCGGUACACCAAUGGGCCUCCCCCGACYUAGAGGGCUCAGCCAGUCCCAGCACCAUACCACCAGCCUCUUUGCUAUGGGUGCCCAGCUUGUGGCCCCAGACCAAUGUGUGAGUGACUCUUAGCACUGGGAAUGUCCAGGGACCUGUCGAGGACACCCACCUCUGGGCUUGUCCAGAAUGGGCUCUUGGGGUUCCAGGGCAGCUUUCAAAUGAAGUCCUUCCUGGGGACAGGGAACUAUUGCAGCAAUUGCCAAGGGCAUUUGGGCAAAGCUAGUUGAUUGGUUGAGGGAACUCUGGAAAGGGCAGUUUUCCUAAGAGYCUCGCACUUUGUAAAUUCUGACUUAUUUGUAAAACAGCAUUAUUAUAACGUAGCUAACGUGGUCCAUGAGCAGUGGCGUUCAUCACAGAAUAUAUAUUAGAGAAACAAGCAGAUCCCACCUUAGAAAUGGUUCCAAAAUUCAUAUGCACCGAGCUGAYUGACUGAAACAAUCAUAUUUUAAAUGUUUAGAAUCAGUUUUCUUCCAAUCAGCUAGUGAUCUUGAGCUACCAGUUUAUAAACCAAAAUGUUCAGCUCAGUACCUAGAUCUGCUCUUUUAUAUUGCUUUAAAUUUUUAAAGAAAUUUUAUUGCAUGGAUGUGGUUAUUUGUGCAUAUUUUUUAACAAUGCUGAAUCUAUGAAUAAUGUAAACUUGGAUUUUUUUAAAAAUCAGAUUUUAGCUUGAGCUUUUGACUAAUGUACAGUAAACGCCAAACUACAAACUUGAUAGGGAUGUUUUUGUAAGUUAAUUUUAUAAAAAUUUUCAAUGUUUAAAGAGAUGCUUCAGGUUUGGUUGAACCAUUUUGYCAGGGGGCGGGGGUUGAUACAGAAACUUGAAGCUGUCUGUGGUAUGUACAACUCAGAUGUUUCUCAUUAAAAAAAAAAAAAAAAAUUAGCCAAACUGUUGUAGUGAAUUAUAUCACAAAGUGGGUCAGU